AUGUCGCUCGUGGGCAAUUUUGCCUUCAACAACUAUGACCGCACGGCAGAGAACACAGGCGCUGGAACGGGCACAGGCUUUGUACGUCGAUCAUCCUUCCCAGACCAGGACCAAGAAGGCCGACCACAUCGACCGAGGCGAGGAAGCUUCCUCAGAAGACGGCCAUCACAGGCUGCAUCACCAUCUGAUGCGCCGAACCCCCUUCUAGUGCCGGACCUUCCCAUCGAGCAAAGUCCGAAUGAAGCCUUGCGGGACGUCGAGAAAGAGUCAGACGAGGAGUCCACCAAAUUUUCCCUCCAACGUGCUAUCACACAACUUGCGCGAACCACCACCAAUUGGAGCCAAGUGCCAUCCAACCCAUUUGAAGCUGGAGAGCACUCGGAGCUGGACCCGCAUUCAGAAAACUUCAGAGCAAGAUCGUGGGUAAAGAGCAUGAUCAAGCUCCAACGUGAGGACGGCAGAAAUCCAGAACGUACGGGUGGCGUGGCAUUCAAAGGCCUCAGCGCUCAUGGCUUUGGUGCUGCCACGGAUUACCAGAAAGAUGUCGGCAACAUCUGGCUGGAGGGCAUCGCACUGAUCAAGAGUCUCCUUGGGCUCGCCAAGCCUCGUCGAAUCGACAUUCUGAGAGACUUUGAAGGUCUGGUGGAAAGUGGAGAGAUGCUGGUCGUGCUCGGACCUCCUGGAUCUGGAUGCUCGACCUUGCUGAAGACACUGACUGGCGAAAUCCAUGGAUUUGCUGUCGAUGAGAAUUCCCACCUGAACUACCAGGGAGUCCCCGCGAAAGACAUGCACAAAUACUUCCGCGGCGAGGCAAUCUACACCGCUGAAGUCGAUGUCCACUUUCCUAAGCUGAGUGUAGGCGACACACUUUACUUUGCAGCCCGCGCACGUGCGCCAAAGAUGACCCCAGGCGGCGUGAGCAAGAACACAUGGGCCACACACAUGAGAGAUGUUGUAAUGGCAACGUUCGGCAUCAGCCACACCAUCAACACUCGAGUAGGAAACGACUUCGUUCGCGGUGUUUCUGGUGGUGAGCGCAAACGUGUUACCAUUGCCGAGGCUGCUCUUAGCGGCGCACCUCUACACGCAUGGGACAACUCCACCCGUGGACUUGACUCGGCCAAUGCGAUCGAGUUUUGCAAGACGGUCCGUCUCAGUGCCGAGCUUGCUGGCUGCGCCGCCAUGGUCGCCAUCUACCAGGCCCCUCAGGCUGCCUAUGAUCGCUUCGACAAAGCCAUUGUCCUGUACGAAGGCCGCCAGAUCUUUUUCGGCCGAACACAUGAAGCACGCCAAUACUUCGAGAAUAUGGGCUUCCAUUGUCCAGACCGCCAGACUUCGGCUGACUUCCUCACCAGUAUGACUUCUGCUCAAGAGCGAGUCGUCCAGCCCGGCUUCGAGGAUCAGGUGCCUCGUACGCCAGAUGAGUUUGCCGAGCGAUGGAAGGCGAGCCCCGAGCGUGCACGGCUGCUCAAGGACAUUGACGCAUACGACAAGCGGUAUCCGUUCAAGGGUAAGGCAUAUCAGCAAUUCGUUGACAGCCGCAAAGCUCAGCAGGCCAAGGGGCAGCGUAUCAAGUCCCCAUACACUCUGUCUUACGCGCAGCAAGUCAAGCUGUGUCUAUGGAGAGGCUUCAGACGUCUGGUCGGAGACCCGGAACUCACUUACACCCAGCUCUUUGGCAACUUCGUCAUGGCCCUCAUCCUCGGAUCUGUCUUCUUCAACCUCCAAAUGACCACUGACUCGUUCUUCCAGCGCGGAGCUGCCCUCUUCUUCGCCAUCCUGCUGAAUGCUUUUGGCUCUGCCCUCGAAAUCCUCACACUGUACGCCCAGAGACCGAUUGUCGAAAAGCAUGACCGCUACGCCUUGUAUCAUCCAUCAGCCGAGGCCUUCGCAUCAAUGUUGACGGAUAUGCCAUAUAAGAUCGUCAACGCCAUCAUCUUCAACACAACCCUCUACUUCAUGGCCAAUCUCAAGAGGACACCUGGUGCCUUCUUCUUCUUCGUGCUCAUCAGCUUUACUACUACGCUAAUGAUGAGUAUGUUGUUCAGAACCAUCGCAUCUGUGUCACGAACUCUGUCGCAGGCCAUGGCGCCGGCUGCACUCCUGAUCUUGGCCAUUAUCGUCUUCACUGGAUUUGCCAUUCCUACCGACUACAUGCUUGGGUGGUGCCGAUGGAUUAACUACAUCGAUCCCGUGGCGUACGCGUUCGAAGCGCUGAUGGUUAACGAAUUCGCUGGGCGUCAGUACACCUGUAGCUCCGCCUCUCUAGUGCCUCCCUACGGCAACUUGAGCGAUCAAAGCCAAGUGUGCACCGCUGUCGGCUCCGUCGCGGGACAAAAUUUCGUUGCCGGUACAGCCUAUCUCGAGACCGCUUACAAAUACUACCCAUCGCACCGCUGGAGGAACUUCGGGAUCGUCAUUGCUUUUGGUAUCUUCUUCAUGGGUGUUUAUUUGACAGCAACUGAGCUCAUCAGCGCAAAGAAGUCCAAGGGCGAGGUGCUUGUCUUCCAACGCGGCCACAUUCCACGCGCAUUGAAGGAGAAGGCCAAGGAUGAGGAAAGCGUCGGCGAGAACCAGAGGAAUGCAUUGGCCAAGACAGAAAGCUACACGGCCGCCACGGACAUUCUCCAGAAGCAGACUGCCAUCUUCAGCUGGAAGGAUGUGUGCUACGACAUCAAGAUCAAGAGCGAGGAGCGCCGCAUUCUGGACCACGUCGACGGCUGGGUCAAGCCAGGCACUUUAACCGCUCUCAUGGGUGUCUCUGGUGCCGGCAAGACUACUCUUCUCGAUGUGCUUGCCACCCGUGUUACCAUGGGAGUGAUCUCCGGCGAAAUGCUUGUUGAUGGACGUCAGAGGGAUUCUUCUUUCCAGCGCAAAACCGGAUAUGUGCAGCAGCAGGAUCUCCACCUUCAGACUUCAACGGUGAGAGAAGCUCUCAACUUCAGCGCCCUCCUGCGACAACCAAAAUCUACGUCACGCGCAGACAAGCUCGCCUACGUCGAGGAGGUGAUCAAGCUUCUUGACAUGGAAGAGUACGCCGAUGCCGUCGUUGGUGUUCCCGGAGAAGGGCUCAACGUCGAACAGCGUAAGCGCUUGACUGUUGGUGUGGAACUCGCUGCCAAGCCUGAGCUCCUUUUGUUCCUCGAUGAGCCUACAUCUGGCCUCGAUUCUCAAACUUCCUGGGCAAUUUGCGAUCUGAUGGAGAAGCUGAAAAAUUCCGGUCAAGCCAUUCUGUGCACCAUCCACCAGCCGUCGGCGAUGCUCUUCCAGCGUUUCGAUCGCCUCCUGUUCCUCGCGAAGGGCGGUAAGACUGUCUACUUCGGCGAGAUUGGUGAGAACUCCAAGACCUUGUCAAGCUAUUUCGAGCGCAACGGUGCCCACGCCUGCCCGCCAGAUGCCAACCCGGCUGAAUGGAUGCUUGAAGUCAUUGGAGCUGCGCCCGGUUCAAGCACGGAUAUCGAUUGGUAUCAAGUCUGGCGCAAUAGCCCCGAAUAUCAACAGACGCAAGAACACCUCGAGAUGCUCAAGAUCGAACGGCCAAAGCAGGCACCUGUGAGCAAUACCAGCGACCAGGAAGCCUACCGCGAAUUCGCUGCACCAUUUGGCGAGCAACUGUUGGAGGUCACCCGACGUGUAUUCCAACAGUACUGGCGCACACCCUCCUACAUCUACGCCAAGGCGGCGCUCUGUACCUGCUCAUCUCUCUUCAUCGGCUUCAUUUUCUUCCGGGCACCACUCACCCAUCAAGGUCUUCAAAACCAGAUGUUCUCGAUCUUCAUGACCUUCACGAUCUUCGGACAGCUCACGCAACAGAUCAUGCCACACUUCGUCACCCAGCGUUCCCUCUACGAGGUCCGAGAACGUCCUUCGAAGGCAUACAGUUGGCAAGCAUUCAUGGUCAGCAAUAUCUUCGUCGAGCUGCCAUGGAACAGUCUGAUGGCCGUGAUCAUGUUCUUCUGCUACUACUACCCCGUGGGACUUUACAACAACGCCGGAUCUGAUGUUCACGAGCGAGGAGCACUCUUUUUCCUGUUCAUGCUGCAAUUCCUGCUUUUCACGUCCUCAUUCACAAGCAUGGUCAUUGCCGGCAUGGACAGCGCGGAAACCGGAGGUAACAUUGCCAAUCUGAUGUUCUCGCUCUCCCUGAUCUUCUGCGGUGUCCUGGUCAACCCACACAGCCUCCCCGGCUUCUGGAUCUUCAUGUACCGCGUCUCGCCCUUCACCUACUUGGUCGGCGGCUUCUUAUCGACCGGUCUGGCCAACGCAAGAGUCACCUGUGCUUCCAACGAAUUCGUCACCUUCCAACCCGGAAACGGCACCUGCGGCACCUACAUGUCUGAAUAUCUCAGCACCUUCGCAGGCUACCUCGAAGACCCUAAUGCCACGAGAGAUUGCCAAUUCUGCUCAUAUGGAGACUCGAACUACUUCUUGUCACGGCUCAGCAUUUUUUACGGCGACCGGUGGCGCAAUUUCGGCAUUCUGUGGGCGUUUAUCAUUUUCAAUAUCUGCGCUGCUGUGUUUUUCUACUGGCUUGUGAGAGUACCCAAGCACAAGGGCAAGAAGAAGGAAACCUCGCAGUGA